AUGGCUCCUUGGAAAAUAGUUCUCGAGCCUGUCGAUGAGGCCAAAGUUCAAUACACCUCAUUCGCCAACGCCAGAAAGUAUUUCGCAGUUGAUGCUUCCGGGUCUACAGUUGGUAUUACUUUUAUUUCAGAACAUGAUUUUGCCGAUAGAAUUCAUGAAGCAUCUCUUCAAAAGGACAAAGAUACAGUUACGAGAUGGGGUUCCAACUGUAAGGACCCAUCGAAUUGGGAACAAUUUUCAUGGGCCCCUGAUCAAGGAGGAACCAGUCCACAAUUCAUAUUGAGGAAUAAAGCCUCAAUGGAAGCGAUACAUAAUGCUGAUAUUUGGUUCUUACUUACGGAUGGAGAGGUGCCUGAUUCCGAGGUCCAUACCUUGGCGGGGCUGGGACAGGAGAUGGGUGUUUUUGAUUGCGCGACGGUUUUCUUGAUAACGUCGCAUAUGAAAUAUGGACCCAAUCAUGCGAAUGUAUCGGUUGGUAUCACAUCGUAUGCAAAUUGUGCAAAUGCACUUUGUCUCUUCAAGGAUUACAAAAGCGGACAAAUCUAUGUCAUAGCCGGCAAAGGCUCUUUCGCGCCGCUAGAUCAAGCUGAAGAUCACGACAUGUGGGAGAAAUUAACCAGUUUCCCUAACGAAGUGGCGCUGAUUCACAGAAUCACGGAGUUGGACAUUCAAGUCCCAACAGCGGAAACGAGAAUCUCAACACCAGCUCAUCUCAACCUAGGCGAGGAAUGGAACGCGGCUCACAAUCUUUCUCAACCAACUCUAGUGGACAUCGACAUACUUCUGCGAGCGGGUGUUUUAUCAGAUAAAGAUCGUGAUUUACUUUUCGCAGAUGAAACUCUUGAUGCUCUAAUACUCGCUUGCAAAUCCCGUGGAAAAUUGAAUGAACUCCGAUCAUUUUUCAUUGCCCAGAAAGUCGAACAAUUAACAAUUAAACUCGAAGAUGUGUCCGGUGCUGCAGAAAUUAUCACACAGCUAGCAAAGCCCGACAUAUCCGACGAAAUGAAAAAUAUCUUACAAUCCAAGCUACGCAAUGCUCAUGAGGCAAAUCGAAACGCUUAUACUGCUGCAAAAAACCAUGUACAAUUACAAGCUGUCCGAGAUCGUAACAGGGCAGUAGACGCAGCAUUACGUGCUCUAUCUGACGCAGAAAAAUCAAGAUUCACAGCAGAAAUACUGUCAAGAAGAUCAAACCGAGCCCGCCGUGCCGAGAAUAUUUCCGCAGACUCUGCAAUUGACGUUUCAGUGCUAGACCUCGAGGCAUCAGGCUACAGAGGGGAAUGUCAAAUUUGCUGUGGCGAUAAUGAAGUAUUGUCCGUUGCCCUCAAAGUAUUGAGUGCAGAUGUCAUGGCGGCUAAUACCGAUAACUUUGCGCUUGAUUUCCCCCUUGCGGCGGGAAGAUUUGAGGCAAAUAUGAAUAUAUUGUCUAGUCAAUGUAUUUGUUUCCAAUGUGCAUUAUUUGGAAGACCUGGGUAUUCGAUUUACGGGGAGGAAAUCUCGGCUGUUAUUCCAACAUUGGAGUAUACGGGAAGCAACAAGUUGUACAUUCAUCAGCAAUUGUACAAGGCUCUCAAUGCAGGUUUGAAAACCGGGGUUCCGGCUAUGGGACAGUUGUUCGCGACGAUUUUGGACCGGACCUUAAGAAAGAAGGAGUGGGCUGGUGCGGAUGCAGAUGCGGAACAUGGGGAUGAAACUCUGGAUGCGGAAAGGCGACAGAGAAGAGGCGCAAUGACAUGGCUGCUGAAUAACAUAAUCACUCAUCUCCGCGUCAGAGAGACAUUCAACGAGUUAGGUCAAUGGACUACAUACCCUCUCGCUUUGACCUGGGUAGCCCAAGAUUUCCAACGAGAAGGCUUGACAUCCUGGUGCAUCAACUAUCCCGUCGCAGGCUUCAUGCAACUUCUCCGUUUCGGGAAAACGCUAAAUGUUUUCUCUGAUGAAAUCAUCACCGACAUGAAAAAUACUAAAUUGCUCCAUUCAUUCGUGUCCACUUUCCUCUCACGUCUAUAUAAAAACAUGGGUAAAUCCCGCGACUGGACUAAGCCGGUAUUGGAACUACUGUACGUUGAGUUCAAUGACGAUUUAAUUCCCAAAGACCCAGUAGGCGACACAUCGAUACUGAACUCCGUACCAAGAUUCCGGAAUACGCUGAUGGAAUUUAUGCCUGGGGAUGAUUUCUUGGACAAUUGGACAGAAGAAGAAGUCACGAAGAUGAUGCCCCGGAUACAAAUCUUAGCUUUCUGGUUGGUGUACUACCAAUUUGCACAUACAUCUGCCAAGACAUAUUUCGCCCAACUGCAGUCUAAGGAACCAUUAGCUCUUGUUUUACUAGAUACGAAAGCGGCGGUUCCAGAAAAUGCGCUUAGCGAGAUACUUCUUGGAAUAUUCAUUGAGUCCAACCCCAAAUUCAAAAAUAAGGACAUAUACACCAGCCAUGAAGACGCUGUUAUUCCCUUCGCAAGUCCCUUCGGCGCAUCUGUAUUAAAAUGCGGAGCUCCGGGAUGCGGUGUUUCUUUCCUCCCAGAAGAAAUUACAUUAAAGCAGAUUGCAGAUGGGGAAGUGGAAUGGGUGCCACGCUUAUUGGAUCAGGUUAGAAAGAAGAGACGAGAUCAUUUAGUCGACGCCUUUGCAGUUCUCGGAGGGGACGCAAAAGAGACAGAAAGAAACGAAACCGGCUUACCAGGCGUAACGAAAUCUCCAGCGCGGCCAAAUGAAGCACAUGUAUGUAUGCAUAUAGGGAUUGCCAGAACAUGGGCAAAACUCACGCGUAAAGAAAAAAGAUAUUUGGCAGGGGCAAUCAAAAGUUCGAGGACUGGAAGUAGUGAUGAGGAGGAUAAGGAGGUUAUUCGGGAGUUUGUGGUGAAAGCGAGGAAAUGUAUUUGUGGUAUUGGAAGGGGAAAUGUCUAUUCUGCAACUAUGGAAAGUAAUAUUACGGCUGUCUUACCUAGCUUCCUGGACGUUUUAGCGAUGGGGUUAGAAAUGGGAGGGAAAGAGGGUGGAGAUGUGAGCUUGUAUGAGUUUGACUUUGGAGCAAAUAAGGUGGAAAGGAAGAUCAAGUGGGAAGCGGAUGCUUUAAGGAGAAACGGAAAAGAAGAAGAGAUAACAUUUAUUGAGAACUUCGAAUAA